CAGUCCCAGCUCCUCGUUUUCUGCCUCCUCGCCCCUUUAGUUAAGAGCUCAGCUUCGCGAUCCAGAGCUCGUACUUGCGGGACGGGAGCAGCGGGCCCGCCCCGCCCCCAGCGCUUAGGCCCCGCCCCGGGCCCCCGCCCGGAGCGUUCCGAGGGGCUGGUCGUCGCCAGCCCACUCCUCUGGUGGAACGCUUUGCUCGCGGCGCUAUUUCUCUAUAAAGUUGUUGUUGCGGCUUCCGCCGCGGGUGGAGGAAGAUGGCGUCUGGCGGUGGUGGCUUUUGCUCUUCGGAAAGACUCCCUCCGCCCUUCCCUGGCUUGGACCCGGAGUCUGAGGGGAUGGCCGGGGGGUCAGAGCCCGAGGCUGGGGACAGCGACACGGAGGGGGAGGAUAUUUUCACCGGCGCCGCGGCGGCCAGUAAGCCCCAGUCUCCAAAGAGAAUUGAUUCCCUUUCCAUCAGCAAUGGCUCCCAAGAAAAUGGGAUCCAUGAGGAACAAGACCAAGAGCCACGGGAUCUCUUUGCAGAUGCCACAGUGGAGCUAUCCCUGGACAGCACACAAAAUAAUCAGAAGGCUCUGGCCAAAACGCUCAUUUCUCUUCCUCCGCAGGAAGCCACAAAUUCUUCUAAGCCCCAACCAAGCUAUGAAGAGCUAGAAGAAGAAGAACAGGAUGACCAAUUUGAUUUGACAGUUGGUGUAACUGAUCCUGAGAAGAUAGGGGAUGGUAUGAAUGCCUACGUAGCCUACAGAGUUACAACACAGACGAGCUUACCAAUGUUCAGAAAUAAACAGUUUGCAGUGAAAAGAAGAUUUAGUGACUUUCUGGGUCUUUAUGAAAAGCUUUCAGAGAAACACUCUCAGAAUGGCUUCAUUGUUCCUCCUCCACCUGAGAAGAGCCUAAUAGGAAUGACAAAAGUAAAAGUUGGGAAGGAAGAUUCUUCUUCUGCAGAAUUUCUUGAGAAACGGAGGGCUGCUCUAGAAAGGUACCUUCAGAGGAUUGUGAAUCAUCCUACCAUGUUACAGGACCCUGAUGUCAGGGAGUUCUUGGAAAAAGAAGAGCUGCCACGUGCCGUGGGCACCCAGACACUGAGUGGUGCUGGUCUUCUCAAGAUGUUCAACAGAGCCACAGAUGCGGUCAGCAAAAUGACCAUCAAGAUGAAUGAAUCUGAUAUUCUCUGGGCUUGUGUGUUUCAGUGGUUUGAGGAGAAGCUCCAGGAAGUAGAGUGUGAGGAGCAGCGCUUACGGAAACUGCAUGCUGUUGUAGAAACUCUAGUCAACCAUAGGAAAGAGCUAGCGCUGAACACAGCCCAGUUUGCAAAGAGUCUAGCCAUGCUCGGGAGCUCCGAGGACAACACAGCAUUGUCACGGGCACUCUCCCAACUGGCUGAGGUAGAAGAAAAAAUUGAGCAGCUCCACCAGGAACAGGCCACCAAUGACUUCUUCCUCCUUGCCGAGCUCCUGAGUGACUACAUUCGCCUCUUGGCCAUAGUCCGUGCUGCCUUCGACCAGCGCAUGAAGACCUGGCAGCGCUGGCAGGAUGCUCAAGCCACACUGCAGAAGAAGCGAGAGGCUGAGGCUCGCCUGCUGUGGGCCAGCAAGCCUGACAAGCUGCAGCAGGCUAAGGACGAGAUUGUAGAGUGGGAGUCUCGGGUGACUCAGUAUGAAAGGGACUUCGAAAGGAUUUCAACUGUGGUCCGAAAAGAAGUCAUACGAUUUGAGAAAGAGAAAUCCAAGGACUUCAAAAACCACGUGAUCAAGUACCUUGAGACACUCCUGUAUUCACAGCAGCAGACAUGCACAGUAUGGGGCCAGCUGGGUAACAGGAGCAGAAGCUGGAAGACAGAAAAGCAGCUUGGGUCUUGGUUCCACAGCUCUCUUCAAGAUAAACUGGUGAUCUGAAGGUACCUGAGCACAUCUUUGUUCCUUCCAUCUCAGUGCUGGGCACACCGGGAGACCAAUUGGUUGGUCCACUGACAUCACUCUAAGGGGGUAUGAGGAAUUGUAGCACCAGAAAAAUCUCGCUGGAAGCCGUGCUGCCCUGGAUGCCAGGUGGCUGGGGUGGCCUCUGCCAGCUCCCCCUGCUCCAGGCCUGGGCUGUGGUGUCUGAAGCCGCUGAUCUGCCUCUGUCUGCAGUGGGAGGGAUGCUGUUGCCUGGAGCCCCUGGGUCGGAGCCUGCCUGUCCCCUGAAGGGCAGGUAACCUGCCCUGAGCCAGACUUUGCUUUCGGGGCUCUGGCAGGACAGGCUUGUCAGGAGCCUUCCCAACACACACCUCUCCCAGGCCACUUCUUUUUC